AGUAGCUGCUCGGCCUCUGCUGCCCCUGCGGCAGGACGAGCCAGCGCGCGCCGCGCGUUUGUAGGAUUUCAAUUUUCUCCUUGGCAAAGUAACAGCUCGGAGCUGACCUCUUGCUUCGUAUCUGUCUAAAUGUCUCCCGGUGCCCGUUGUUCAGAAGAGAGCUUCCCUCUCCUUUGUCUCCACAGAUCCGUCUGGGUUUAUUUUUGAUGUGCAGUCCAAUACUGUGAUGGCCCAAGGAGGAACCUUUGAAAACAUGAAGGAGAAGAUCAGCGCCGUGCGCGCGAUCGUCCCCAACAGGAGCAACAACGAGAUCGUCCUCGUGCUGCAGCAUUUUGACAACUGCGUGGACAAAACGGUGCAAGCCUUCAUGGAAGGCAACGCCAGCGAAGUGCUGAAAGAGUGGACUGUAACAGGCAAAAAAAAGAACAAGAAGAAGAAAACCAAACCGAAACCACAAGCUGAGUCGAGCCCUGGCCUCCCAGAGCCCGGGAAAUCGGUGUCAGCUGAAGAGGAGCAGUCGGCCAACUCGGAGAAGGGAGGAAUUAACGGUUUCCAUGUCAACGGCUGCGCCCACGACACGGAGUCCGUGGACUCGCUCAGCGAAGGUUUGGAUGCACUUUCAAUUGAUGCCAGAGAGCUGGAGGAUUGUGAGUCUGCUGCACCAGACAUGCCUGAUAGAACAGUGCCUCGGCUCCCCAACGGGGUAACGGACUGUGACGCCAAGUCGCUCACCGCGCGCCCUUCCCCGAGCCCCUCGUCCCUCAGGCCACGGCCGGAGCAGAGGAGCGCGAGCAGGUCCCUGCCCAGAUCCACCACGAGCCACUCGACUCCCUCCUCGCUGGCCGCGGCGCGGCUGGAGGACGUUCCGCUGUCGCCCGCGAACAAGAAGCUGGGUUCUAAUAUUGAAAAAUCAGUGAAGGAUCUCCAGCGCUGCACCGUUUCGCUGGCUCGGUACCGGGUGGUGGUGAAGGAGGAGAUGGAUGCUUCCAUUAAGAAGAUGAAGCAGGUCUUUGCUGAGCUGCAGAGUAGGUAAGUUAAACGCAGGGCCAAGAGCCGGCUGUUGAGCCUUAAGACCAAUACACGUGGAAUAAGGCCUGAGCUUUCCAGUCAGGGCAGGGACUUGCUGGGGCUGCCCGACGGCCCCAGGGCUGGGCUGCAGCCUUCAAGACUAAACCAGAGUCUAAAGUCCUGUACUCCGCAGC